AUCACCAAGUCCCAUUCCUCAACAUUGCUAAACCUACCAGAGGCUCCUUCCUCCAAGAAUCAUAUGCUCAAGACUACAACUUAAAAGCUUUCCCUCUCUCAAAAAUGGAAGGCAGAAGAACACAAGGACAAGGCUACUUGAAAAACAAGGCUAGUGUGUCUUACCUUGUGGAAGAAGAAAUGGAGAAUGACAUGGAUGAAAAUGAGGAAGGUGGAAGGGAGGAAGAGAAGAGAAAAGGAGUGAUGGAUAGAGUUAGAGGGUCUAGUGGCAUCAGCGAUCGUGGCACAUCGCGUUUGUGCCAGGUGGAUAGAUGCACCGCUGAUUUGAAAGAGGCGAAGCAGUAUCACCGGAGGCACAAAGUGUGUGAAGUUCAUGCAAAGGCAUCAUCUGUCUUUCUCGCAGGAAUAAGCCAACGCUUUUGUCAACAAUGCAGCAGGUUUCAUGAGCUCCUAGAGUUUGAUGAAGCCAAAAGAAGUUGCCGGAGGCGCUUGGCUGGACACAAUGAGAGGCGAAGGAAGAGCUCAGGUGAGAGUUUUGGAGAAGGGUCGGGUGGUCGAAGAGGAAUCACGGGUCAGAUGAUCCAGAAUCAAGAAAGAUCAAGGAUUCGAGUAAGGAGUGUGACUUAUCCAAGAGCACAGGAGACUAACCGAAAGCCACCACCACCACGGUCACGAAUGAUUUAGCUCUCUGAGAGAUACUUUUGAUGCUGCUGCAGAUUUAGCAUUCAUUUAUGCCCUUAUAAUCGAGAUAAAAACUACAAGAUUUGAAUAAGCAGCGACCAUUAUCAGUAAUUCGUUAUAUUUAUGAUAGAAGG